AUGGAACAGGCACCGUCCGGCGGACAAGGUCCCAAGAGGAGAAAACCAAAUCGUAUUAUUGAUCUGGAUAUAAAACGCUCCAUUGGAGCUAUAUCUUCCACGGAAUAUAAACGUCGUGCAAUUAUUAAUGAAAUUAAUUAUGUCGCUUAUGCACUUCAUAAAACAUCUUUGCCAGCAAUUUACAUUAAUCCAAUGAGUACAGGCGCUCCAAAUUAUGUGCAAGAUGAUAUUUUGGGUAUGGAAGUUGAUCCAAGGGAAAGUAAACGUUUACUAGUCAUAUCCAGAUACAACAGUGUAGCUAUUUACAAUGUUUCACAAAAUGUUCAAAUUUUUGAUCAAAUGAAGCGAAUGACAAUUCCACAUGACCCUAUUGAUAAUAAUGGAUCGCCAAAUUCAGCACAUUGGCUAUGGGAUGGUACAGUAUUUACAGUUUGUACUAUGGAUUCUGUACACUUUUGGGAUUCAUUUACUUGUAAGAUAAUUGAAACUGUGAAAAUGCGUACAAAAGUUUUGAACCAUGUGAUGGCUGCAAAAAAAUAUAGUUAUAACAAAUAUGUUGCAGUGACAGGAGUAGAAGGACACGUAUUCAUGAUUGAUAUGAUGCAUGGUAUUGUUGUUAUGACUAUGAGAAAUAUUGAAAAAAAACCAAUAAGAGCUAUCCAUUGGCAUCCAACAAAUGAAUUACAAUAUGUUACUGGCAAUGACAAUGGAAAUAUUUACCUAUGGGAUAUUCGUUUUCAAAGAGAUUUUGUUUUCAAAUUCAAAAAUGAAGAUUCCUUUUCUGUAUCAACAAGCCAUACUAAUCCAGUUAUUGGGUUACGGUUUUAUAAUGACGGAAAUAGUGUUAUAUCUGUUGAUAACAAGGGAUGCAUCAAAACUUGGGAAGUUAGUACUGGUCAUCUACGCCCUAACCACUACGAAUCUGUACCAUUGUGUGACCUUAACAAGAAUCAUAUUUUUAAAGAUUAUCAAUUUGCUGUUACUGAAAAUUUGAAAGAAGACAUUGUGUUUUUGCCAUCAAAAAGAGGAAUGAGAAUAUUUGAUAUUGAAAGUGGUGAACAUUUACCUUUUUCUAAUGAUAUACCUCUACCAAUGAAUUGUGCUACUUAUGAUAGUAAACGAUUUUGUGUUUAUGGAGGAUCUAAUGACUUAAUAAAAUUAUGGAGACCUGAAAGAAAAAUCAUUGACUGA